AUGGGCGAGAAGUUUCCAACCCCAACACUUUUGAUAGUCAUAUUCUUCAUUUUGAGCCGUCUGAUCUCAACCAUCGGGUACAGUCUUCGUGAUGAUCCUGAGUCCAUUAGAUUAGCUUCUAGUGAUUAUGGCCACAUUCUCAGAGAAAACCCAGCAGCUGUUUUGUACCCAACCUCCAUUGAUGAAAUUUCAAGCUUGAUCAAAUUCUCAAACCUUAUUUCCACCCCCUUCAGCAUAGCUGCUAGAGGCCAUGGCCAUUCCACCAUGGGACAGGCCAUGGCCCCAAAUGGGGUUGUGGUGGACAUGAUGUCCUUGAAAAAUCACCACCCUUCUCAUGCCUCUGGGAUUGUUGUUAACACUUUUAAUUUAAGUGUUAAUAAUAAUAAUUAUUAUGCUGAUGUGGGAGGUGGUCAGCUUUGGAUUGAUGUGCUGCAUGCCACAUUAGAACAUGGACUUGCACCGGUCGCGUGGACCGACUACUUGUACUUAACCGUCGGUGGGACCCUCUCCAACGCCGGCAUCAGCGGCUCGGCUUUCCGGUUUGGUCCUCAGAUUAGCAAUGUGUAUGAAAUGGAUGUCGUCACUGGACAAGGUGAUUUUGUGACUUGCUCCCCACAAAACAACUCUGAUCUCUUCUUUGGGGUCCUUGGAGGCUUAGGUCAGUUUGGGAUCAUAACCAGGGCAAGAAUUGCCCUAGAGCCGGCUCCAAAAAGGGUUAAGUGGGUGCGAAUGCUUUACAAUGACUUCUCGGCAUAUGCCAGAGACCAAGAACGUUUAAUUUCAGUCAAUGGAAGGAAACAAAGCAAUGCCCUUGAUUACUUAGAAGGGUUGAGUUUUCUUCCUGGAUUUGUGUUCGAGAAGGAUGUCGCCUAUGUGGAGUUUCUGAAUAGAGUUAAAUCUGGAGAGGAAAAGCUUCAGUCACAAGGACAGUGGGAUGUUCCUCAUCCAUGGCUGAAUCUCUUUGUUCCGAAAAGUCGCGUCUCGGAUUUUGAUGCAGGUGUGCUUAAGGGCAUUCUUCUUAAGCGAAACAUUACCACCGCACCAGUCCUCCUUUACCCAAUGAACCGGACCAAAUGGGAUGAUCGGAUGUCAGCGGUUGUGCCCGAAGAAGAAGUUUUCUACACCGUGGGAUUUUUGCAUUCAAGUGGGUUUGAUGAGUGGGAGGCACUUGAGGAGCAAAACAAAGAGAUACUAAAAUUUUGUGCUGGUGUUGGUAUAGAGAUUAAGCAGUAUCUUCCCUACUACAAAACACAACAAGGUUGGAUGAACCACUUUGGCUCAAAAUGGAAAACCUUCCAGAAGAGGAAAGCUUUGUUCGACCCCAAGAAAAUACUUUCACCAGGACAAAGAAUUUUCAACAAAUAA